CUGACGUUGCGAGGUCAGGAGGCGUUGCAAAACGCCGACAUCGUUGUGGGGUUUAACACCGUUCUCAACGUGGUGCGGCCCUGGUUGACCCACGCCGAGGUCUGCCCCAUGUCCUAUCGCGACCAAGAGCAGGUCCUAGAAUACGCGGAGACCCAGGUCAAGCUGGGAAGGAAAUGCGUAGUCUGCUGCUGGGGAGACCUGAACGUGUCCGCCCGUGAGUUGCUGGAAAGGGUCCGGCGCCGCGCCGACAGCGUGAGUCUGAUCCCAGGCAUUAGCUCGGUACAGGUGGCGAUGGCACGCACUGGUAUUUCCUUGGAAGAGGCGGUCUUCAUUACCCUUCACAAGCGCGCUGAAGCCAAUAGCGAACUCGAUGAACUGAUCCACUACCUCAGCGAGGGCCGCCGGCACGUGAUCCUGCUGCCCCGGCCUUUCGACUUGAUGCCGGCUGGAAUCGCUGAAGGGCUGCUCAAGGAAGGGGUACGGGGCGAUCUGCCCAUGCGGGUCUACCAGCGGCUUACCUUUGGCGAUGAAAAGUUGUGGACAGGCCAACUUCGGGACUGCAGCGAGAUUUCCGAGGACUUCAGCGACCUUUCCAUCAUGGUGUUUCUGAGCGGCGAUACACCCACACAAUUCCCACUAUCCCCGGGAGAAGCUUAA